AAAACUAGAGGAAGCCUUCCUUUAUAACAAAACCUUAACACACACACACUCUUCUCCCCAUUUGAAUUCAAAAUCCUUUUCUCUUCCGACUUGUCUCGGGUCUCACUCUCAUCGAUUUAUCCUCCAAAAGAGCUUUCUGCAUCUCUUACCUCACUCUCCCUCUCAACCCUAAUCAUUUCUUCUAAUCCUUUGCUCUCUAGGUUCUUUCCUUUUUCAAUUCAAUCCCUAUUACUUAUGUGUGCGUAUACUUGUUUCGUUUUCGUAAUUUAAGACCAGGUCUUUUUUUGAGAAAGAGGAGAUCUUUCUGGUGUGGAAAUGGAGGAACAGAGAGGGGUUUCCUCUGGGGUUGCAUCGAAUUCUGGGAUUUCGGGCGAGAAGCGUAACGGAAAUGGAUUAGAAGAGAAAGAUGAAUUAGGGUCUAAACGUGUGAAAGUGCCAGAUCUGUAUUCUGAUGCUAAAACCAGUAAUCUGCAGUCUGAUGUAAAAAUUGGAAUUGUUCAGCUACCAAAUCUUACUGGUGAAAAGAUUUCAGGAGUUUCUGAAAUGCAUGUGCCUCCUAAUGCUGAAGGUUUAGGAAGAGUACUAGUUAAAGAAAAGGAUGUUUUGGCUCUAGAUAUAAAACCUUCCAAAGUUAUUGAGACGACCACUUGCUUGCCUAAGGCUAACUCAGUUUCUAAAGAUGAUGAUAGAUGCGUUGCUAGUUCCGGGAAACAGGCUUUGCUUAAGAAUAAUCAUACUGUUAAAAGUGAUGGUAAAUGUGAGUCAAGAAGAGCACAAGUCGAUGUUUCAAAGAGUAUUGUCCAUUUGAAACCUAAGGAGACUUCUGAAUCCGUUGGAAGUCCUCGAGGAGCAGCAGAGCCUUCGCCUUCAAUUCCUCUUGGCGAUAAAGUAAGUCCUUUUCAGAUGUGUACUACUACAGCGGGUUCAUUGGGUGAGUCAGAUUCUAUGCGCCGAUGGAUGGAAAUGAAGCGGAAUGGUUUUCUCUCAGGCCCUUUGGGUGGAGUAGCAGCACCAAGUUCUACAGUAGCGACUGCGCCUGUUGAAGUUCCUGCGCAAAAGCAACAAAAGAAUAAGAGGAAAGGGGGUGAUUCUCUCAAGAAGAAAAACGAGGUCCCUAGAAGAGAACAACAGCUGGUAGAUAGGUUCGCCAAUGUUACCGCACCAAGUGGAUUGCUGACAGAAUUGAACCCGGGAAUCAUUAACCAUGUCAGGACUAAGAAACAGGUCUGCUCAAUUAUUGAAGCUCUGAUUCGAAAUGCUAAUGGUGAUGCUAGCGUUGGGGAAAGACAUGCCAAUUUGAAUGUAAGAGAGUCAAUUAAAGAAGAUAGGGCAUUAGCCUUUAAGUUACCAUCCACUGGGGUGUCUGAUAAUGCCAAUUCCAUUACAUACCCAGAACAAGCCACGUCUCUUGCUGUUGAAGCUGCUACUGUAGCUUCCCAAUGGCUGGAUUUUCUUCACCAAGACCUCAGCGGGCGGCUUUCAGCGGUGCAGGAUAGUAGGAACAGAGUUCAAAAUAUUUUGACUACCGAAUUACCGCUUCUCGUUUCAUCAAAAGAAUCCUCUUCUAACCAAGAAGAUACUCUUCAGAUGCCAAAUACAAAUACUUCUGGUGAUGCUUCAUCUGAUAAAGCAGUAACAGAGACGCAUAAGAUAAGGUGGUCCGCAAAAUUUGAUCAGAUUAACAAAGCUCUUUAUGAUGAAGAGAGAGAUUUGGAACGUUCAUUAAACCAAGUGAGGGAAAUGCAGUCAAGAUGCAACGAGGGUCUACGACAAAUGGACGAGUACUCACCUUUUAGUUCCCAAUCAUCAGAUUCAAGUUUUGGGAAAGACGGGAAUCAGGAGACUAGUAUGGCGGUUCAGGCAGCUGCAGCUUCCAUUUUUUCAACCUGCAGUUUUCUUCUGUCAAUGAUGAAGUCGCCGCCUACCAGUUCUUAAUUGUUUUUGUUUUUGGUUUACCGGGUCUUCGACUAGUCCCACCCCUUAUAUAUUGUCAUAUGUGUUUAGUACUUUUGAUAGUUAUCAUCGUUAGUGUAAAUAAUAGGCGAUUGAUGCUUUGUCAUUCGUGUAUGUAACAUUAGAAGCGACCUUUAUGUAUCAAUGCUACAAAUUUGGCAUUUGCUUCAA